AGUGGACCUACGCUUCAGGAACUCUGCUCAGAAACGUGGUUCAAAAAAUAGGUAUUGUAGCAGUGUCCCUAAAGCAGCUGUUUCACAAAGGUUUUCCUUCCAUCUUGGGUGUUCGUAUGUUGCUGGUGCGGGAUAAAGGCAAGGAGGUGUGUGGCACGGAGCACAAGCGGUGGGUGGUCUCUGAGCGUGGCUUGAGGACAAGAGGUUGGAGAAAAGGAGUAGGCGAUGAGGGUGGGGAGGUGAAAGCGGAUGGGGUAGUGGUGAUCAGCCUUGGGAGGAGAACUGCCUCUUGGCUGUUUGCAUGGAGUUAGAACCGGGAUGUUCCUGGUUUUCUCUAAAGCCUGCUUCCAUAAGAUUACUAACUUCUAAGCAUAUAUUCUCGUGCUUGCAGGAAGCAAAGUGUGUAAUUUUCUGGUAAAAAAACUUAACUGCAGCUCUCCCGCUGUCCAUUGUGUGUCUAUUUACACACUUUCUUUGAAAUAAAUUUGCUGAAAGUCUGUAAAGACAGACAGUAACAGACACAAGAAUGCUGUUCUUGCACUUGAAGCCUCUCCAGAGGUGAGACUGUGCUCUAUUUAAAACCACCGACCAUUCAAGAAGGCAGCGGUACUUUUGUAGUGACUACGAUCACCUGAAAAUGAGGUAUGCUCAUAAAAUGAGGAAGAGAAACCCAGCAGAGCAAGAAAAGAGCACGAGGAUGGGCUCAGCGGAUCAGGAGGGAGCAUUGGAACACUAAAGGAGUAUGAUAUGUUUAGUGAUGGGAGAAACAGUCCAGAUGAGUCAGGAGGGCUGAGAUCCAGCUAGUAACUGAAUCGGGAGAAGGAGCUAACGACUUCUACGUGGCUGGGACUGACACCUGCAGAAGGUGGAGAGAGAAGUGCAGUGGAGACUGUUGUCCGUAGAUGUGGGAAGUGCCCAUCGGAGAUGUGCAAAUAAGGGAAGGAGAAGAUGGUGGAAUGUCCUGUGCAUGUUUGAUGCGCUCACGGGCUCUGAGAGCUGCCUGUCUUCGUCUUCCAGGACGUAAUCGAUGUGUACGCCGAGUCCUGCUAGUUUAGGGGUUUCCCUUGUCUUUAUUUGGAAUCUUGCACUUCCAACCAGGGGUGGGCCAGCAAAGAUGAGAAUAUAAAAACUUGUGUAAAUUGAACGUGCCCUUGCAGGAGUGUUGGCAGAAGGGGUGGGAGAAGUGCAAAAACUGCUGUCUGGAGUAUUUGGGACUUCCUCUGUCAGGUAAUUGUGAAGGAGAGAAAUAAUCUGAACUUUUCAUGGAGAAGACUCGGGCAUCGGACCCUGCAGGAGUCUCAAGGGGCUGCACCGUGUGACUUGGGAACAGGGCUGCGGGCUUCCCUGCGUAACGUCUGCCCCUCCGUCUUCAGGAGGGUGCUGAAGCCCAGGCUGGGGAGACUUUCAAAGCUCAAACUAAGCCACAGCCAUCCCGAUCCGGUGUUGGUGAUGGUCCUGUUCGGGAGGAUGGGAGCUCCCAUCCCACCAACAUCUCUAGUGCUGGCAGUGUUUGGGCACCAGCCCUUCCCUUUGGGGAUGUCUGGUGUGGUACCAUGAGGAGGAAGCGGCUCCUGCAGGUCCAGGACCAUCUCUACAUCGCUUUAUGAGGAUCCCAGGCUCUGCUCUGUCAAAGGUCCUCACUGUGCCUCCUCUCCAUGUCUUGGUCUUUGUCUACCGUCCUCUUGCGCAGCGCCUUCAGCUGGUGAGUCAGCUCUGCAGGACGAAGCCGGCUUUGUCCCUGGCAGUUUCUCCAUCUCAGUUUCAUGUAGGUGCUCGCUUUACCUCAGGGGAAGCCAGUCAUCUCCCGCAGCUUCACGUGGGGUUCCGAAGAAAAUCAGAAAAACCGUCAGCCCCUUUUGCUUGGUUUUUGGUGCUAGCCGCGGAGGCCCCGGUACCGGCAGAGACCGUCCGCCGCUGGCUGCGGGCGGAGGGCGCCGACCCCGCCGCCCCGGCCGAGGAGCAGCUGGGCCUGGCCUGGCGGCUGCUGCGACGCGCCGAGGCCCGGCUCGGCGACCUGGAGCGGCGGCGGGCCGAGGAGAUGAGAGACGUGGAAAGCUAUGUGGGUCACGUCCGUAACCUGACGGAGGAACGGGAUGCGAUCACCACCGAAUAUGAAAAAGAAAAUGAACAGCUCAGGCUUGAGCUGACACAGCUGCAGCUGCAGCGGGAAGCCCAGCUGAAGGAGGUCGAGGAGAUGCUGGAACAGGAAGGCUUGUCCGAAAUAGCUCACAGUAAUGCCAGCGAACAGAUUGCUUAUUUACUGGUGGAAAGAACGACGCUGCUGGAGAAACUGGAGAUUGCAGAUCAGAAGUUGAAUUCACACAGCUACAUAGACAGGCUGUGUGCGGCACAGCUUCAGUGCAAGGAUGAGUUUGGUCAUGUUCAUCAGUCACUGAAAGAUGAACUCCAACAACAGCAUGAAUCCGCGCAGCUUACUGGAGAGACAAUGAAUAAGUCCUACAGAGAGGAGCUGGAGAGGGAACAAGCAUCACGUGCAAGAGUUGAACGAGAUCUGGAUGAGGCCACACAGAGGCUGCUGAUGGCCCAGGAGGAGAUCCGGAGGUUGACAGAUGAGCUGGAUGCACAAAGAAAGGAGCAGAGCAGAAUCGAAUCAGCCUCAUGGUCAGCCCUGCAAGCACCUGAGAGCCGGGAGGAAGGGGUGAAUGAAUGGAGAGAGAGUGACAGGACUGAGCUACAGAAGGCCAUGGAGCACAACAGCAGACUGGACAAGGAAAUUCUGGCGCUGCGAGCACGGGUCCAAACACUCGACUUGGAGAGAAAAGCGUUCCUUGAUCUGGUUGAACAGCUCAAAGAGGAGAUCUGUGAGUAUCAGAAGAGUGAGAAGCAAGGACUUCCAUUGCCUGCGCCAGCCGAGACUGAAGAAGUCGCUGCGUCCUCGCUGCAGACACAAGGCACAAUGGAUGAAGGGAGGAUUGAAGGAGACUGCGUUUCAGGCAAAGCUGGCUCAGAUCAAGAAGACAGAUAUCAGGGUAGUGAAACAUUUCAUAAAAGGUGCCGAGAGGCGAUUGAAAACAUCGAGGGCAGGAAUUCACAGCUCCUUCACAAGCUGCAAAAACUGAAGCAGGAGCACGAAGAUUUGGUUGAGUGCAAUGAAGAGCUGGAAUCAAUUCUGGGAGAGACACAGAUCCAAACCAAGCAGGAGAAGGAACAGUUUGAGAGUGAGGUGGAGGGACUUCAGUGGAAAAUCACAAGUUUAGAAACAGAGUUACUUGAAGUGCAGAAGAACAAAACUGAGAUGAGUGGGGAAGAGCAGGCAUCGUCUGGAGCACAAGAGAUGCAAGAGAUGCUGGAAAGUUGUCAGGAAACAAUAGAAAAGUUGGGAAGUCAGCUGGGAGAGCGGAGACAACGGAGAAAGCAACUUGCAUCUGAGCUUGAACUGUUACGAGAAGAUCUGAAGGCUGAGAAGAAGGUCUCUGAACUCCUACAAGAAAGAGAACAGAUUAACAAACUCGAGCAGAAACAUGAAGAUCUAUGUACUGAUGAAAAGAUGUGUGAAGAACAGAUGGCUAAAGUAGUAUUUUUGGAAGAACAGAUCAAAAACUUGAGGGAUGAACAAGAACUGCUCUGUUCUGAAUUACUAGAAAGCAACAAGAAGAGGGAGGAGCUAGAAAAGCAGCUAAAAGAGAGCAAUGAAGAGAAACGGUUGUUACUGGAAGAAAUUGCCCAGUUAAAACAAGAUACCCUGACUACCCGGCAGCAGGGUGACAACACGCUUGAAGAGGCUUUGAGGAUGAAUCAAGGCAUGGCGCAUAGAGAUAACAGGUUUCUCGUGUUGCAGAGCUCUGCAGGCAGUUUAGAUGGGAGCGUUAAACAGAGUCUGCCUGACGAGAGAUUCCAGCAGCAGGAGGAAAAAAUGCAGCAACUACGGCAGGACUUGCGUCGAGUUCAGAACUUGUGCAGCUCAGCCGAGAGGGAGCUGAGAUACGAAAGGGAGAAGAACGUCGACUUACAAAAGCAAAAUCUCUUGCUCCAACAGGAAUGCACCAAGGUCAAAGCUGAGCUGAAGCAAGCCCGGGCAAAACUCUCGGACACAACUGAAACAUGCUCCUCUCUCUCAGCACAGUGGGAAAAAAGCCAGCAGAAGGUCAAAGAACUUGAACAAGAGCUCUUGAAGUGCUCCCCGGCUGAUAAACUGCAGAGCAGUCUGCAAGAGAAACUUGCACAGGAGAAAUCCAAAGUAUGCGAAGCACAAAAAAAGAUUUCAAAACUCCAGCAAAAGCUAAAAGAUUCACAACACCAGCUUUUGCUGGCAGAGGCCCGUGUUUCAGACAAGAAACUCCUGGAGGAGGAAUUGAAGGAAGCCCGAGAAAAUGAAGCUCGUGUGCAGCAAGAACUUCACGAGGAGCAGCUGAAAAGGAAGCUCCUGGAGCAGCAGGUGGAGGAGCUGCGGCAGCAGCUCCGGCAUUCGAGGGAGACGGAGGCGUCGCUGGCCAAGAUGCACGUGGAGCUGCAGGCCAAGACUCUGCAUGUCCUAGAAGAUGAGAGGAAAACUGAUUCAAGCGAGCUCCAGUGUCAGAAGGAGAACCAGAAGCUUUCAGAGCAGCUUUCAUUGCUGAAGGAGGAAAACAAAGCCCUGUAUGAGGAAGGAGUCCGUCUCCUGAACCAGAAGGAUCUGUAUGUCAGGAAAUAUAACGAAAUGCAGCUCCGCCACAAAGACAAGAUCCGCAGAGCCAAGGAGACCUUUAUCCAUGAGGUGAAACAAAGGGACAGCAGAAUUAAGCAGCUUGAAAAUGAGCUCAGCGAGUCAAAGCUCCAAGUGGAAAAGGGGAAGGUGCUGAUUGCACAGAUCACAGCUGAGAAUGAGAAAUUACUCCAGGAAAGAAGACGGCUCCUCCAGAAGAUAACUGACCAAGAGGAGACCCCUUGGAACAACCGGUCUACAAUUGCCACCCUGCAGAGCAGAGUGAAGAUCCUGGAUGAGGAGAAUGUGCGGCUGCACGAGAGCAAACUCCAGCUCUCCGGUCACGUGCCCACCUCACAACGCGCGCCGAGGAGCAUCCAUGCUCCCAACAUGGAGGACUCGAAGAGUGUUAACUUCUCUGAACGCCAACUACAGAGUAAGGUGUUGCCAUCUCCCCGUACCAGCUUCCCAUCACGAGAACCACCAGACUCUCUCAGCACCCUGAAGGCCACGCAAGACACGAAGCCUGAAGGAGAAGCUGAAAGCCAAGACUCAUCCUUUUGCUUAUCCCCCUCUCAACCUUCUGAGAUCGGGUACUUAAAUGUAGCUUCACCUGGAGACACCACAGCCUCCCAGUUGCAGGAGGAGAGUCAGAGCAUCAGCUCUGAGAACUUCUAAAUGGGGGGAGAUGUUUGUAAAAUAUUAGCUGGACUACAGGGUUUGGGCUCCUGUUGCUGUGGGAUGACAAGGACUGCAGGGGGAGAAUUGCCAAAUGGACUGACCUGGUCAUUUCUAAACUAAAUUAUUCAACAGCUUUUUUUCAACUUACCCAACUGUAAAUGUGUGUGUGUGUGUGUGAUCCCAGAUGCACCUGGAGGCUGGAAUUUGUAGAUGAACUCAGUAAAAUGGAAGAGGGGUGGGGUGAAGCAUAUCUUCCCCUGAACCCCAAUUCCUUGUCCAGUCCAAAACUACAAGCUUUGUAAAUAAAACUCGGAGAAGUGUUCCCUUC